AUGAAUCAUCAUCAAGAAAUCUCCAAGUCCAGUAACCGACUUCCUCUUAUCCCCUUAUCACCAUUAACACAAACAUCGAUUGAAUACGCCAAAGCCCUCGCACAGACAACCAAGGCCUUAUCCGAAACAAGAGAUGGCACCAGUUCCAAUACCAGCAAUAUAAUUGCAUUAUUAAAUAAAGAUCUCUCCAAGGAAAGAGAAAAUCUAGAUCGAUUAACCAAAGAAAUUCAAAAUGUGCAGUCUCAAUUUCUUACUGAUCUAAAUCAUCAGGAUAUCGCGAGAGAGAUUGCUUACAUUAACUGCAGUUUAUUCCGUUUGGUGGUCCUGAAUAAAUCUUGGAUUUCUAGCUUUGACAAGCAAUCAAACAUUGUACCCCUUCUAGAUUUCCACCGCUAUCUAUCGCAUGCAUUUGCACACCAAGUCAUUUACAGUGCUGCUGCUGCAGAAGAAGAAGAGGAAGCAACGUCGUCAUUAUCUAAAAAGAAGAAAAGAAAAAGCCUGAACAAUAACAACAACAUGAUUGCGCAAUUGAUACAAAUCGCAUCUCUUUUAUUACACAUUUAUCGCGAUUUCUCCGGCUGUACAGCCAUCUUGACCAGUCUACAGAUGCCGGAGGUUCAACGCCUUGAAUCGCUAUGGAGCCAAUGUUCUUCCAAAAUGCUGGCCACCUACAAAGAACUGGUUACUAUCUUAUCGCCUCAAAACAAUUAUGAAGCGUACCAUCAACAGUUAUGGUUACACACUGCGCGUUUCUUGAACACACCCACCCUCAAAUCUCAAAUGAUUGCAGUACCGUUUAUGCAUGCACAUCUUUUCAUGAUACGCAAUUUAAUUCACACACAUUCUGUUGUAUUAAACAACAGUACCACAGGUAUGGGCAACAAACAAAUACUCUCCGAUGCCGGCAAAAAAUCAUUUGUUUCUGCUAUACGCGUAUUGGAAUUUUGUCAACAACAUUUAAAAAUAAACACGCUCGAACUCGAGAGGUCGAGUUGGAAACGCACAUCCCAUGUCCCUUUAAAAUUAUCGGUCUGUCUAGAACUGGAUAAAUUACAAUCCAAUUCCAACCUAUUCCAUUGGCUUGUAUCUCGUGCCUAUCUUAAUCGCUCUCAGUUGCACCAGGAGAGCCUCAACGUCGAACCUUUGGCUGUAGGUGAAAUCGAGUUGACCACAGAGGAAGAUCGUUCAAGUCCAAAAAAUCGUGCCGCCAGUGACAGAUCAGACCACAGUCGACGAUUUAGUGAUUCAACGGAUAUUCCAAAUAAAAAACCUGUAGAGCCUGAAGAGGUGGAUGAUAUGGUAGAUGAUGAUAAUGAAACGGAUAUAAUUAUAGCAGAAGAAGAGGAGGAGGAAGAGGAAGAACCCAUCAGGGAAGUGAAACCCAAACCUUAUCUAUCGCCUACUGCACCCGAAUUUAUACCUCAGCAAUACCUGCAGGCCGAAGAGGAUAUGGUUAUUCUUGCGCAACAGAAUAAUAGUGCAGAAGAAGAAGACGAAGUAUGGAUGGGAUAUCCACCUAGUUCACAUACGGAUGAUGACGAUGAAUGGCGAGGGUAUCCUUAUGAAGAAGAUGAGGAAGAAGUUUGGAAAGGUUAUCCCGCACCUCAAAUUACUAAUAAAGGACAAGCCAGUCCUCGUACGAUUGAUCUAUCUACGCCAUCCACACCACAGGAAGAAGUGAACAAGAGCAGAUUUGGAGAUGAAGAAUGGAAAGGAUAUCGAGAGACAAGCGAAGAACAUACGACCAAGAAGGGAGGCUAUCAGAUACCUUGGAAUAGCAAUCAUAAUCUUCAUGCCAUCGGAAAAGCUGCUGCAAGAAAAAUGCAAUGCUCCUUAUCAAGUACUGAUAAUCGCAAAAGACUUCCUUCUUCUUUCACACCUUCUACAUCCACUUGA